UCAUUUCCUCUGUUUUUUCCAAGCUUCCUCUGUUUUUUCUCAUGGCUCCCCUAAACGAUUCUCUGGCAUCAGGCAUCGAUGUCAUUGAAACUAAACCUCUUGGUGUUCCACAAACUAAGCCAAUAGUGCAAUCAAACUCUUUUGGCCUAUCCCAAGGGACUCUUCGUGCCAAAGACUCUUCCUCAAUCUUCUUUGAUGUCCCUCAAAACGUAACUUUCACGCCAUUUUCAUCUCUCGCCAUAUCCACUGAUGCUCCUCUCUCAAUCCGCCUCCGAGUUCAAGCCAACGCUCACAAAGGAGGGUUUCUCGGGUUCACCAAAGAAUCACCUUCUGAUCUUGUCACAAACUCCUUGGGAAGAUUCGAAAACAGAGAUUUUCUUAGUGUUUUCCGGUUCAAAAUGUGGUGGUCAACGGCAUGGAUCGGAAAAUCCGGGUCGGAUCUUCAAGCCGAGACUCAAUGGGUGAUGCUAAAUAUUCCUGAGAUCGAUUCCUAUGUGGCCAUCAUACCAAUCAUAGAAGGGUCUUUCAGAGCUGCACUUAACCCUGGUGAACAAGGUAACGUCUUGAUUUGUGCUGAGAGUGGCUCGACUCAAGUAAAAGAGUCAUCUUUCAAUUCUAUUGCCUACAUUCACAUUUGUGACAAUCCUUACAACCUCAUGAGAGAGGCUUUUAGUGCACUUCGUGUCCAUAUGAACACUUUCAAGCUUCUAGAAGAGAAGAAGCUUCCUAAAAUCGUCGAUAAGUUUGGAUGGUGCACUUGGGAUGCUUGCUACUUGACCGUUGAUCCUGCAACCAUUUGGACUGCAGUUAAGGAGUUUGAAGAUGAAGGGGUGUGUCCGAAGUUUAUCAUCAUUGAUGAUGGAUGGCAAAGUAUUAACUUUGAUGGGGAUGAGCUAGACAAAGACGCUGAGAAUCUUGUUCUUGGUGGAGAGCAAAUGACUGCGAGGCUUACCAGCUUCAAGGAGUGUAAGAAGUUUAGAAAAUAUAAAGGUGGAUCCUUUUUAGCAUCUGAUGCAUCUCACUUCGAUCCUCACAAGCCGAAAAUGAUUAUCUACAAAGCAACGGAGCGAAUUCAGGCGAUUAUUUUGAGAAGGAAGUUAGUUCGUGAGUCGGGGGAACAAGAUCUACACGAACUUGAUGAAAAGAUCAAGACUUUGAGUGAAGAACUCAAUGCAAUGUUUGACGAGGUUGAGAAAGAAGAGUCUUUGGGUUCUGAGGAUGCUUCAGGCACAGGUAUGAAGGCUUUCACAAGGGAUUUGAGGUUAAGGUUUAAGAAUUUAGAUGAUAUAUAUGUGUGGCAUGCUCUAUGUGGUGCUUGGAAUGGUGUUAGGCCUGAAACUGAAAGCAUGACGCAUUUGAAGGCCAAGGUUGUUCCUUUUGACCUUUCACCUCGUCUAGAUGCUACGAUGUCUGAUCUUGCAGUCGACAAGAUUGUGGAAGCUGGGAUUGGUCUUGUUCAUCCUUCUAAAGCUCGUGACUUCUACGAUUCUAUGCACUCUUAUCUUGCUAGUGUUGGUGUUACAGGAGCCAAGAUUGAUGUUUUCCAAACCUUAGAGUCGGUAGCAGAAGAACAUGGAGGAAGAGUGGAGCUUGCUAAAGCUUACUACGAUGGUCUAACUGAAUCCAUGAUCAAGAACUUCAAUGGAACCGAGGUCAUUGCCAGUAUGCAACAGUGCAACGAGUUCUUCUUCCUGGCCACAAAGCAAAUCUCUAUCGGCAGAGUUGGUGAUGACUUUUGGUGGCAAGACCCAUACGGUGACCCACAAGGAGUGUACUGGCUACAAGGAGUACACAUGAUUCACUGUUCUUACAACAGUUUUUGGAUGGGGCAAAUGAUUCAACCAGAUUGGGACAUGUUCCAAUCAGACCAUGUCUGUGCCGAGUACCAUGCUGCAUCUCGAGCCAUCUGCGGUGGGCCUAUCUAUCUCAGUGACCAUCUUGGCAAAGCCUCACAUAACUUUGAUCUUAUCAAGAAGCUUGCUUUCGUUGAUGGUACCAUCCCAAGGUGUCUCCACUUUGCUCUUCCCACUAGAGAUUCACUCUUCAAGAACCCUUUGUUUGACAAAGAAUCAAUCCUCAAGAUCUUCAACUUCAACAAGUUUGGAGGAGUAAUUGGAGCAUUCAACUGUCAAGGAGCUGGGUGGAGUCCAAAGGAAAAUAUGUUCAAGGGAUACAAGGAAUGUUACACGACAGUUUCGGGAACGGUUCAUGUCUCAGACAUCGAAUGGGAUCAAAACCCAGAAGCUGCAGGUUCUCAGGUGAGCUACACCGGAGAUUACUUGGUUUACAAGAACCAAUCUGAAGAGAUCCUUUUCAUGAACACAAAAUCAGAUGCGAUCAAGAUAACCCUAGAGCCAUCCUCGUUCGAUCUAUUCAGUUUCGUGCCAGUCACGGAGCUGGGAAGUUCAGGGGUUAGAUUUGCACCUCUAGGGUUGAUCAACAUGUUCAACUGCGUGGGAACAGUUCAAAACAUGGAGAUUACUGCAGGUGACAACAACAUAAGAGUUGAGUUGAAAGGCGAAGGAAGAUUCAUGGCGUAUUCGAGUUCAGCUCCAGUGAUGUGUUGCUUGAACGACAAGGAAGCUGAGUUUAAGUGGGAAGAAGAAACUGGAAAACUCAGUUUCUUUGUUCCUUGGGUUGAUCGGUCUGGUGGCAUCUCUCAUCUGUCUUUCACCUUUUAAUAAUUCCUUUGGAUAAUUUGCUUCGUUUUUUCUUCUUCUUUGUCUUUGCAUUGUCUUUUAAUCAGAAGUUGGGUUGUCAGCAUCUGAAUUUCUUUGUUUUGCUUUUCAAUU